GACAUUGACCAGUGUCUUGGAAGACCUUGAUUAUGCAGAUGAUAUUGCGCUGCUCGCCCAUCGACACCAGGACAUGCAGGCAAAGACCAAUGCUUUGGCAAUUACAGCAGGGAAAUUAGGCCUGAAGAUCAGCAUUAAGAAGACAAGGUAUUUGAGGAUGAGUGGCAGAACCAAUGAAUCCAUCAUGGUGAAUGGGGAAGUGGUAGAUGAGGUUGAUCACUUUACCUACCUGGGAUCUAAGGUGUAUGUAUGUAUGAGAUGGAGAAGAAGAGAUCCUAGUUCGGAUUUCAAAGGCAAGCAAGGCCUUUGCCUCGCUUCGAGGCACUUGGAGAUCCAAGAACAUCAGCCAGACGACAAAGAUCCGAUUUUUCAAAAGCAAUGUCUUAAGCACUCUACUGUAUGGCGCAGAAUCCUAGAAGAUGAUCAAAACCAUCAGCCACAAGCUAGAAAUCUUCCAGAACAAGUGCCUGCGCAGGAUUCUCCGUAUGUACUGGCCCCAGACAAUCUCAAACUAUGAGUUGCGCAGAAGAACAGGAAAAGAACCAAUCGCACAGCAAGUCCGGCGAAAGAGAUGGAAAUGGAUUGGUCAUGUGCUGCGCAUGCCACCAGUAGCACUACCACGAGUUGCCCUCGGGUGGACCCCUGAUGGCCCUAGAAAGAGAGGCAGACCGAAAGAAACAUGGAAGAGGACAGUGGAGAAAGAGAUGAAGGAGAACACCUGGACAUGGGGUCACCUGGAACGACGAGCACCCGACAGAAGCCAAUGGCGCACUUUAGCCGAGGCCUUAUGUGUUUCAAAACACGAAGAUUAAACUUAACUUUUAGUUGAGAAGAAGACGCAAAUGGAAUUGGAAGACAAAAUCAAGAAGCUCGAAGAACAAUUCAAAGGUUUGCCUAAAGUCCUCAUCAAGAGAACUCUCUGUGGUGAUGACGUCAAUGAGGACAUUAGCAAAGCUACGGAUCGGUUACAGGAAUUUCAACAGAUGAAAAGUAGCUUGUUUUUCAAUCCAAUGGCGGCUACUCCUGUUACAGAGGAAUUAAAAGGGAGUUUGUGUGUCACCCCUGCGGAGGAAUUCGACAGAAACUCAGUGGCAAAGAAUUGCAUUGUAGAAGGUACUGAGACAGCAAGGUGUCAUAGGACAGGAGACAGAAAGGCAACAGAUCCACCAAAACCAAAACCAAAACCAAACUGGAGGAAAUCCCAUGAACAUGUCGAGGACUGUAAAGAGACUCGAGAACCGCCAUUACCACUCUACAUGUCUUCAGCUAUUGGGCUGCCACCACCUCCACCCCCACUGCUAUCGCAUCACCAUGUACAGUCAAAACCACCCCCACCUCGACCACAUGCCCAGUCAACUUCACCCCCACCCUGGACAUAUGGACGGUCUACACCACGGCAACUCCUACCACAAGCCCAUUCAACAUCAGCCCCACACCGACCACGUACACAGUCAACACCUUCCCCACCCUCACCCCCACCCCUACCACAUAGAUGGUCUACAUCAGAGCCACCCCUACCACAUGCACAGUCUGCACCAUCCCCACCCCCACCACAUAGAUGGUCUACAUUAGGACCAUCUCUACCACAUGCAGAAUUAGGACCACCCCCACCCCCACCACAUAGAUGGUCUGCACCAGGACCAUCUCUACCACUUGCACAGCACACAUUGCCGGCACUAAGGGCAUCCAUCAAAAAGUGCGUCCACAGUGAAGUGAUUGGCAAUAAAGCAAGACAGGACAAUGAUGCAGCCUUGGAGACCAAGAACAACGUGCAAGAAGAGCAAAUGGAGUUAGAUGAUAAAAUAAGAAUGCUGAAAGAAGAGUUCAGUUCUUUGCCUAGGGUCCUCAUCAAGAAAACUCUUUGUGAUGAUGCAGUGGAUGGAGAUGUUACAAGAGCCAAACAACGGCUAAUGGAAUUCACACACCAGUUUAAGGAUCGAGAAAACUGUUUUAAGAAUCCAGGGGGAGCUGGACGUGAUGCAGGAAACUUAUACCGAGACUUGAACAGCUCUCCUGCAUUUGGACGUACUAAAAUGGCAAGCACUCAGUUUGAGGAACAAACACUGCCUGGAAGAGAAAACCUGUUGCCUAGGAACUGGGUACCAAUGCCUCGAGAUGACCGAGGAAAUGACAUCGAUGUUCAUCUAGUGAAACUAGCGAGCUCGUCAGUUGAGUACCAGGAUGUGAUAGAAAGAUUACAAGAAACCGUCCCUUCCAAUCUGAUGAUAAAGAGUGUAGAGCGAAUACAAAAUCCUUAUCUCUACCAGGCCUACCAACUGCGGAAGCAAAAAAUGGACCGAGACAACCCUCAAGCAAACAACGAGCGGCAACUAUUCCAUGGCACAAAUUCAGACAAUGUAACGAAAAUUAAUACGCAAGGAUUUGACAGAAGUUUUUCAGGAUCUGCACACGGAACUCGUUACGGUGCAGGAGUGUACUUUGCAAGAGACGCCUCAUAUUCAAUACGCUACACUGGUGGCAGUCAUCAGGUUGUGUACCUCGCCCGGGUCCUAGUGGGGCGAUAUUGUAAAGGCAGUUCGGGGAUGAAGAAGCCUCCCCCUAUAAACUCCGAGCAGCCAGAGAUCCUGUUUGAUUCCAUGGUGGAUGACACGAAUGAUCCUUCAAUUUUUGUCGUAUACUAUGACAAUCAAACCUAUCCAGAAUAUCUUAUUACAAUUUAGAAUCAACACACGAGAAUAAUCAAGGCGGCUGGCAAUAGUUUCCAACACUUUCUGCAACCCGAGCGGAGAGCGGAGAGCCGAUCCUUUCCGGAUCGAGUAUUUAGUUACAUUCUAGGGUCAACGCAAGGACAUAGUUUAAGCGGCUGGGACAGCUUCCAAAUUUCUAUCAGCAGGAGCCUAUGCUGUUAUACUUUUACGGAACACUUCUACCAAACCUUCUCAAGUGAUGUUUCAAUAUAUAUUGGCAUUAUUCCACAAAUGUAUAGUCAUUGUUUAGCAAGCUGCGGUCAUUUUCAUGGCAUAAUAGGUUACAUAGCAACGAUACUACCUGUUCAAAGCACCCGUAACAGUUUAGCUUUAUGAGUGUAUGACUGAAAAACGACUCGGCGUACCCCAUUUUUAUUAUCUUUAUUAUCAAAAUUCUUACGAGGGGGUUUAAAACUCUAAGCUCGAAGAAAAAAUGUUCCCUUUGUGGGUAUUAUGUUAAAUGCCUACUUAAUGUUGCGUGACACUAAUCUAGUAGGUCUCUCCUUUACCAUCCUCUCAAUAUUGAAUAAGGACUCGGACCAUACAAAAUUUGAUUGCUCGUCGAGAUGUAUCACUCACUUAACGCGGGCGAUUUCCGUUGUUUUUAUCUUACGUACUUAACUAACGCUAAAAUCAAACAUUAUGUUGGCCUAAUGCAGCAAAAGUAUAUUUUAUAUUGGCAACAGGCCAUGCAAAGCUCUACUAAACUAGAAUUUUUCAACACUUUUAAGAACGAUUAUAUACCCUCCUCUUAUUUAGGCAUAAAAAGCAAACCAAGCGAAAGAAAAGAACUAGUGAAAUUUAAGAUAGGCGAUCACAAACUAAGGAUUGAGACUGGUAGAUAUGAUCAAAUUCCACGGGUUAACAGACUCUGCCCUAUUUGUGAUCAUCUUGCUUUGAUCUACGCAAUAUUCUACUUUCAAAUCAAACCAAUGAAACUUGAUUGCUAUAUCAUAACGUUAUUAUAUGAUCACGAUAACCGUUACUGUUUUAGCUUUAGUUUUAGUUUACAAAAGCUUUUGCAACACUGUAUGUAUUUAUGGUCAUGCAAAUAAAGCUAGUUGUUGUGAAAUAUUAAAAGAAGUCUUCGCAAACUCA